ACUACCUGUCAGUUUCUGGACUGUCUCCGAGGUCCUAACACAUUAGAAAAGGUCCGAACAAUUCCGAACGAGGUCCGAACACAUUCCUAUCGAGAUCAAAGUGUUUCAAUCGAGGUCCGAACAAGGUCCGAACAAGGUCCGAACAAGGUCCGAACACGGUCCGAACACUGAUUCCGAACUGUGUAGGUCACGUGACCGAGGAGGUGUGGUUAUCAUGGUGGUUAUCGCUUUAGAGUGGCAGCCAUUAUUUUCCACCGCAUCACAACAGACUCGGGGAAAAAGAUGACUAACACAGGAAAGCCAGACAGCUACUGGAGGGACCUCUGCAUAAAAUAUGCCCAGGGCCAAUACCGCUUCUCGACUGGCAAACGGGCAGGGGCCAAGAAAUGGAAAAAGGCCUUGGAGAGCAUCGAUGCUUGCCCCCUGCAGAGCCAUAGUGCUAGUAAGGAUCUGUUCGGGAGAAGCCUUCAGUGCUCCUGUGGGUUCCACAAGGUAUGUGAAAUUAUUUUCCCCUGUGGGUUCCACAAGGUAAGUGAGUUAUUUACUGAUUGAUUGUUUACAGGUUUGCUUGUUUUUUCCUCUGGUGGGCUUCAGUAAUUUUGCAGUAAUGCCUGAUGUAUUUUAACAACUGGAGAAAACUAGUAGUGUAGGAUUCUUAGGUGUAUGUAGCAUGGCCCCUCUUUGUGUACCCUCCCCCAGCCAGCAGAUCUGUCAUCAGGAGCUGGGUCCAGGGAGGCAGGAGUAGUUGAGACAGAGGCAGGGCGGGACAGGAAGUACAGUGCUACGGGUGCAACCAGCUUGUGGAGGCAGCACAGUUUUCAGAGCACCUGUUUGACCACCAUACUCAGGAGCCGUGUGACACCUGUGGGGCCAAGGUGCAGGGUACUGUUGAUCUUUUGAACCAUAUUCAACAGGUUCACUAUGCAGGAUUCGUUAUGCCAUCAAUGCAAAAGCCAACAGUACAAACACCGAAGCCAACGCCAUCACCACCGAAGCACACACUACUACCACCGAUGCCAACGUCAUCUCUGCUCCCUCCUUCAAAUAGCUGUGCCACGCCACACCACACUGCAACUCCACCUAAACCAACUCCAGUAGUUUGGAAAGGUUUUCUUCCCGAUCAAUUUCGGAAAGUAAUCCAGGAAGCAGAUCAGGUGUGGAUUGCAAAGUGCCUAUAUGAGCCUACAGGUCAGCUGAAGCAGAAAUUUGAAGCCUGCUGGUUUCACCCCCCACUGGAGCCCAAACCCUCUCGUCCUGAGCCUGGGUGGUACCACCGGCAGUGGCUGUUCAUCUGGGCACCCAUGAGGAUGUGGGGGAUUUCCUUAAAAUGAACAGCUCCGGUAUAUAUAGAAAGGUCAGGGAGGUGAUUGAUGUGGAUAGCCGCUACUACCUAGUGGGAGGGGACUAUCCACGUUGCAGAAGGUGUUCGAACCCUUCACUCUUAGUCUGCCAAGGGAGCCAGGAUAUUCUCUCCCAGUUGGAUGUGGCACACAGGAGCCUGUUCCCCGCUGUCCUCACAACCCAGCUGGCUCUGGACAGGAAAGCUGUGACUUUCCUCAAGCCAAGGACCAGUGGAAACAGUUCCUCCUACGUCCAGUCUGCAAUGGAAGAAGCGCACAGUGAGGAGUGGGCACGGCAGACCAUCCGCUACCUCUCGGACUGUGAGCGCCACAAGAAGAUGGCUACCUUCAUCCCCUCUGCAGCUGUCUAUCUUCCUCCACCAACCUUCAGGCCCCUUCCACUUGCUCAAUGGAUGAGACGGUCCACUCGGACGACAUUCUCAGCCAUCUGGAUGAGAUGAAGGGAGUGAUCACUUCUACCUAUGGUAGAAUUCUGAAGAUGGAUUCAACAAAGAAGAUCACCAAGAAGCUGGCUGGCGGGAUCGGGGACAGUGCUGCAUGGAUAUCCAAUAUCGGAAACGAGUUUGGCCAGGUCCUGAACUCUGUUCUGACGUCGGGUGAAGGUGCAGGGUUGGAAGAGUUGUGCCAAGGCGUCGUCCCUCGGUACAAGAAUGCAGGCCAAGCUGAACCUGAGGCCAUCUAUGUCGACCGAGACUGCUGCAGCCAGUCAGGUGUGUCUUCAGUGGCUAAGCUGUUUCACCCAUGGAAAUCUGCAGUGCGCUUGGACAGCUUCCACUUUAUGAGACGCUUUAACUGCGGCCUCACAACAGAACACCACCAAAAAUGCACUCCUGCAUUUUUGCAUGGGACCAGGAGGAUGUGCAACGCCUGAAGGAGGCCAAGAGAGCAGAGUGGAAGAGCAGCCACAGCGGGCAUGCUCCCACUGAGGAACAGCUCAUGGCCGCCAUCAGUCCAGGCGAACUGAAGAGGCACUGCAGGAGGAGGACCCGUGGAGUGGAGGAGAUACGGGGCAUGAUUUCAGGGCUGCUGGAAUCAGUGUGGGAGCUGACAGACACUACAGGGCUGCGUCUGGUGAGCCAUGACAGCAUGCGCCAUGUCUGGGAAGUGCAGCAGAAGCUCCUGGAGUGCCUCCAAGACCCUGCAGGUGUUGCACUGUACACGAAGGUGGGGACACUCCAGAAGGGCGGCAAAGAGCUGGACAUCCUAAGGUGUGGUAGGGGGUCCUCCUCCCUGGAGAGUUUUCACCGACACCAGUGUGCUUUUAUUCCAGGCUGGCGGUGCAAUGCUGUUCAUACACAGAUGUACAUGCUGGAGGGAGUAUCGAGGUGGAACAUGGGCCGGGCCAAGGGGGCAGUAGAUGUGGAGGGGGCCUCAACCCUCAGAAGCUUCGAUGUCCGCUUGAUGUCCCAUCUUAGCAACUUGAGCCAGCGCGUUCUUGGUUCUACUCUACCAGAGUUCACUCCACCCGGGAAACCUACUAGCGAGGGCAUAGCAGUUGAGUAUUUAUUGGCCCAGACCAACAGAGGUGACCUGCUGGCUCCAAAUCAGGUCCCUGAGGUCUCCUCGCAGGUACUUGAGGAGGAGGAUGAGCCGGAUGACACCAUCAGCAUGACUGACAUUCUGUGUCAGUCAGCUGCGAUAGGGGCUGGUGAUCCUCCAGGUGCUGUGGUGGGUGACGCUGAACCCGGACCCUUCGUCACACAGACCAGCCAAUGUGACUCAAGGGCGUUGUGGGAUGGGAUGCGGUUGAUAACUUGGCAGGCUACCUAGUUGGCUUGAAUCGCACCAUCAGUGCCUUGUCAUUGAAGGAGGAAGCGGACAUAGUCCAGCUAUAUACAGCUCUCCAUGACAUGGACAAGAAGCAUUCAAGCUACACCCAGAAGGCUAGAAAGAAAGGACAGGCAUCAGGAGGACUAUCAUUUUGACUAUACAUGACUCACGGCCAAGCAGCCCAGGAUCCCGAACACCACAGGGUCACCACUGCCUCAGACACGCCAAGGAGUUUGAGCAGUCACGCUACAGGCCCAAGGACACGAGGGGGAAAACCCUGCCCAUCCCUCGGUCAAUUGUGAGCAUCUACAGCCACAUUAGACAGCUGCUGGAGGACAGCAGGUCCAGACGGCGCUGGCUCUGGUGCCGGUGAACAACACCACGGUCUCUGCAUGGCUGCUUAGGAGGGACAAGAGGAAGGACAGGAACAUGCUGCUGCAAGGCAAUGUCCUCCCUCAACAGCUAUACCUGGCCAAGGAUCCUCUCCCUUCAAUAAACACUCUCCCGGCUGCCCCUGUGCAACAUGCACAUGAGGGUCAGCCCAGCAAACGGAGGCUUUUGUGCGCCUUUGGGUGGCGCACAAACAUUUGUUUGCCGGUGGAAGGGAUAGUGCCACUAUCCAAUGUUGUAAAAUUAAUGCACAACCGAUCAUUUGCAAUGUUUGUAAUUUUUAAUGAACGUAUAUAAUUGUAUUUGAUAUGAUAUAAUUAUGUGUUCAAAGCACUGGUAGAUUGUAGGCAUAUAUGAAUGAAUGAGUCAGAUCAGUUAAAUAAUAUAUCCAAAUAAAUACACGUUUAUCAUCUUUCUUUGUCUUUUCCCCCCUGCAUAAUAGUAAUCAACCGUACUGUAAAUGUGAUGCAUGAAUUAAGUUCUCAGACAAUUUCACUUAGUUUUAUAAAAAUUGGAUUUUCCUUUUAAUAAAGACAAUUCGAUCAACCACAACAAAGCUUUUGUGACUUCCCCAAAGAGGCUCCAUGCGAAGGAGACAUGACCGCAUUCAUAACAGACAAAAGUCAAAUAAAUAUCGAUCAGCUUGAUUGCUGCCAUGUUUUAUUCAUAAGCGCACAUGUGUGUACAAGCGGACACGCAGUAUUAAAAACAGAAGCGCUUCCACACUACCAAGUCGUUCCCAAAGUCCGACGUUACAAACGCUAGGAAGCACUCGAGCUAGCAUUCUAGUCUCAUCUCCAUAGGACGCGACUAGCAAGGACGCGUCCUAGCAAGGCUGCAGCCUUCACUUUGGGAAACAGCCUAGGUAUCCUGCUCCGCCUUUGAAAAGUGAAAGCUCAGAUGCUCAGAUUCCGAAUUUGGCCCCAUAUGUCGUCAUAAGGGGCCAAGUUACCUCCCCUUUCUCUGCCUUGCUCACCCAGAGAAUUUGGCCCGCCAAUGAGACAAUGAGCUACGACCGUGCGAGCGCCACGUUUGUGUGUGUGAAUACACACACUGUAACGCAAGUGUUGUACACUUCUUUGUUAUUUGGAUAACCGUUCUUCUGUUUGUGUUAUGGCGCAUAACGUGUCGGUUUUUUGACGUCUGUUAUUUCCACAACGAGACUCUAGUUGGGGUUAUCUCAGCCAUGGUUGAGAUAACCCCAGAAGUUCAUGAACCACGACAUAGGAGAAAUGGAUUGUUGCCCGCGGUUGUCUCCCUCCGGAUAUAUGUUGAGUGAUUUUGUGCUACUUUCCGUAAAAGCGAACGGUGGAAUAAAUAUCUGUGAUAGGGGGCCAUGGUCGGACAUAAUAGUCUGUGGACAUAUGCAUGUUAUGAUUUUGUGAUUAUAAACAACCAAUGGGGGGAGUGGAUGGGACUCUACAUGAUGUUACAUUUUUCUUCGUAGAGGUAUUUGGUGUGUUUUUUAUUUUUAUCUUUUAGUUAAACCUAUAUGUGUGCCUUUUUAGAUCUAUGGUUGAUGAUUGCAUGACCUAUUUUUGAUUACUGUUUUCCUAAAUGUUGCAUGAGGUAUUUUUGAUUAUUAAUUUAGUGAUGAUUGUGUGACUACUGAUUUAGUGACGAUUGUGUGACUACUAAUUUAGUGAUGAUUAUAUGACAUGGUGAUUGUAUGUCUACUGCUUAGUUGUUGAGUGAGGCUUGUAGCCCACUGUGUAUUCCAUGUGACCCUCCGGCCUGCCUGAUUGUGCGGGUUGGUUGGUGGUUUUGAUGAUUGUUGCAUGGUAAUGUAGCCAUGAUAUUUUUGUGUUUUGCUUUAUACUAUUAUACUAUUAUCCUCAUCCUCAUCCUCAUCCGCUUAUCCGGGGUCGGGUCGCGGGGGGAGCAGCUCAAGCAGGGGGCCCCAGACUUCCCUUUCCCGGGCCACAUUGACCAGCUCUGACGGGGGGAUCCCGAGGCGUUCCCAGGCCAGUGUUGAGAUAUAAUCUCUCCACCUAGUCCUGGGUCUUCCCCGAGGUCUCCUCCCCACUGGACGUGCCUGAAACACCUCCCAAGGGAGGCGCCCAGUGGGCAUCAUUGCCAGAUGCCCGAACCACCUCAGCUGACUCCUUUCUAAGUAAAGGAGCAGCGGCUCUAAUCCGAGUUCCUCACGGAUGGCUGAGCUUCUCACCCUAUCCCUAAGGGAGACGCCAGCCACCCUUCUGAGAAAACUCAUCUCGGCCGCUUGUACCCGCGAUCUCGUCCUUUCGGUCAUCACCCAACCCUCAUGACCAUAGGUGAGGAUAGGAACGAAGAUCGACCGGUUGAUCGAGAGCUUUGCCUUGCAGCUCAGCUCUCUUUUCGUAACAACGGUGCAGUAAAGCGAACGCAAUAUCGCCCCCGCUGCUCCGAUUCUCCGGCCAAUCUCACGCUCCAUAGUACCCUCACUCGCGAACAAGACCCCGAGGUACUUGAACUCCUUCACUUGGGCUAAGGACUCAUUUCCUAUCCGGAGUAAGCAAUCCACCGGUUUCCUGUUAAGAGUCAUGGCCUCAGAUUUAGCGGUGCUGAUCCUCAUCCCAGCCGCUUCACACUCGGCCGCCAGCCGAUCCAGUGAGUGCUGAAGGUCACAGGCCGAUGAUCCAAUGAGGAUCCAAUAUUAUACUUUGAUACUUUUAUAUUGCUUGUAGGAUGGUCAUCUGAGAUGACCAAGGAGGGAAUUGUAACAUAAUUCACACACUCAUACCAAGGCCACAUAUGCCCUUGCCAAUUAAAAGAGGCUUCUUUCCCAUGCUAAGGAGGGAUCCGGAGCCUAGGGAGGCGUCCAGCUCAUAAAGGAGGCCAUUCAUCAUGUGUCAAUUCUAGAGAUACGAGCAGUCAAGAUGUUCGAGAGACCCAGACGCUCAAGGCCACAAGAACAAGUGUAAUUCCCACACAUAGCCACAAACAAAGUUGCAAUGCCAACACAUAGCCGCAAGGGACAGCAUAAAGACACAUACGGGUAUCCAGGGGGGCGGGAGUUCAGCACCAUGCUUAGCCAAUCAGAGCACAUAACUGAGUCCACGCCUGCCGAGUAGAUAAGUCACAACACAUAGCCCAGGGGCUAGAACGCUCCAGGUAACGCAUCCUUCAGAUGCCCUAUUAAUUGUAUCUCCACGCGUGCCCAUACAAUUCCCCUCCUUUUGCUUCAUAGAGACUGGGCAAAAACAUUACCAAAUAAUGUGAGUUAAAGCGAUCCUGAUUCGGCAGACUUUUUCCAAAAAGAACAAGGCAGCCUCGGCAUUGUGCACGUUCCAAAAGUCCGUGGGCCUCCCCCCUGCUCAUGGUGACCAAGGCUGAUGGCGGUUGGCGUCCCUGUAGUGAUUUCUAGGGCCAUAUGAAAUCCGUUUUAUUUUUUUCAAAAUUCCGUUUUAUUUUUUUCAAAAUUCCGUUUUUUCCGUUAUAAUUUUCAUUAAUUCAGUUUUUACACUUAAAAUCAUCAGAACGAGUGUCAAAUAAGUGCGAACUAAUACAAUUUAAUCAGAUAGAAGACUACUUUUAUUAAAACAUCACAACAUUGCACUGUUUUUAGUGCUUCAAAUAAAAACAUGACAUAAAUAUUAAAGUGCUUAUAAACUCUUUUUUUAUAAACUCAAAUUGUUGUUUGAAGGGGCGUGCCCUGGCUACGGCGUUCAUUGUUUUUCAUAUGGAUUUUGGACUUCAAGUGGUCAUCGCACGUAUCUUUGCGUUUCCAAUCGAUAGUAUGUUGACACAUUCUACAAAACACCUGAGUGAUGGAAGUGUUUUGGAUAUUGUUCGGCUCUGAAUUUGGGGUUAGAACCGAAUUACGGGCGCUUCAACUUCUUCUUCGGCUUCUUGUUAGGAGCGGGACCUAUUGUUUGCGUGGUGGACCAGGGAUUUUUUUUUAACAUUGUUGCGAGUGACUGCUAAACAUUCACUGACCUUAAUGUCACCUGUGUUGUUUCCCUUUUCCCUCGAAACUGAAUUUCACCAAAAUAAUGGCGAAUUCCGCUGCAUAUUGUAAAUGUGACGUCUGAUGUGCCUUGUCCCUGUUGCAUGUUAUAUGUGCUGAAGAACAGGAACCUGCUGGAAAUCAGUUAUUUUACUAAGACAGGCCCGUUUUAAAUUGUAACUUUGUUACUUUUAAUACUUUCCUGCUUAAUAAAAUAAUAAAAAAAAUAAAUUAAAAAAAUGUAUCAGUUGAUUCCGUUUGUAUUGUCCAAUUCCGUGAU